GGGGAUUUCCUUGCUUGUUUUUGUAGGCGGGGAGUUUGCCACUUUGACAAACUGGGGCUUGAGAGGCAGGAGACCGGAGUCCUGGAAUGCCACGGCUGCCGUAGUGUUUGUUGCAAAAACAAAUAAACAGUAUUAAGGUAUAUUUCGCGUGCUGCCCACUGUACCACAGCGCUUCUUUGUGGUUUGUCAACUCAUGCGCUUCUUGCUGGUCAAACCUGCUGCUUCAUCGCUCGUGCACAGGAGCAAGCGCGAACCGAGCCAGCGGUUUAGCGAGAUCAGAACGACCAGCAGUGCAGGUGAACACCGCUGUUGUGGCAUGACGACCACAAACAAGGGAAACAAGGCCUUAAAGCAUCUACAGGUGAAGAGGGAGCCGGGGGAAAAUGGCACCAGCCUAACGGAUGAUGAACUGGUAACCAUGUCCGUACGGGAACUGAACCAGCAUCUACGGGGGCUUUCAAAAGAAGAAAUCCUGCAGUUGAAGCAGCGGCGGCGCACCCUGAAGAACAGAGGCUACGCUGCCAGCUGCCGGGUGAAGCGGGUCACUCAGAAAGAAGAGUUGGAAAAGCAGAAGGCGCUGCUGCAGCAGGAAGUGGACAAACUGGCCACCGAGAACGCCAGCAUGAAGGUGGAGCUGGAUGCUCUGCGCUCGAAGUACGAGGCCCUGCAAAGCUUCGCUAGAACUGUGGCGCGAAACCCCGUGGCCUCGGCGCGAGGACCCAUGGCCUCCGUUAUAGGGCCGCUCAUCCCUGGUAAAGUAGCUGCCACCAGCGUCAUAACCAUCGUCAAAUCCAAAACAGAAGCUAGGUCGUAGUAGCAGAGUGGACCAGGGGAGGAUGGUGAAUUAGUCAGUGCAUUGUAACAUGGCGCAGGAUUUCCUUUGGUAAGAUCUCAGUUUACUGUAACACUAACUAUAUGCUUCCCAGUUCACCCUCAGCAGUUUGACUCAGCAGUCUGUGCUUCCCACAGGACUUUUCUGCCUGGAGUUACCAAUUCCGAAUGUUAAUUUAUUAUUAUUUAUGUAUGUAAGGUGCUUGUUUCUUUAAAUCUAAGCUUUUGAGUUUUCCCGUCCAAAAUGCUGACUAAACUAAUAGUCAUUUCUACAUCUCAUUCCCUAUGAUAGAGUAUAAAUAGACAUCACAGCUUGAAUCUCUCUGCUUGUUAUCCUGCACUGACUCUAAAAGGGAGGACAAACUAUUCUAUUGGUUUAAUCCAUGAAAAGAAAAAAAAAUCUAAAUUUCAAUCUCAAACAGCAUUUGUUUUGUCACAUUUGUCUGUAAAGAGUCUAGGCGUAAAACAACGCUCCCCAGCCUCUCUGUUUAUGCAGCUUCAGCGAGGUCGUUACCCGAGCACACGCGGUGUGCCGCCACUUCUAGCCUGUAGCCAGGUUGCAGGACCAGCUAGACGGAGCUCACGGAAACAGGAGUUUAUGACUGGUAGAUGCAAUAAUAUACGUAUGCACUGAAAACAAAGAGAAUCUCACAUGUUUGUGGUAAAAGUGAAAAAUCGAUCAGCACUUCUCAGAGAUAUUGUUCCAGAGAUGAGUGCCAUUUCUGUGUCACAGGAUUCUUCUACAGUAUCUGAAAAACCUGAAUGUUAUUGAAGUAAUAUCCUCAUUUACUGAGGGCAGCAAACAAACAAACAAAAAAAAAGUGGAAAACAUUGUUUUGCUAAUGUGUUUUUUCUUUAAAUUUUGUGGGAUAUAUAUAUUAAUAUAUAUAUAAAUAUAUACUUUUUGUAAUUACUUGUUAACAGGACCGUCAGAUAUUUCCAAAAGAAGGUCUUUACGCGAGCUUUACUGUUUCAAUUGUUAAGGCGUAGAAAUCUUUGUCUAAUGUUUCAGCUCCUUGUUUUAUUUCCUUGGUAGAUUCAUUUCUGUUCUUUCUAGAAAUAUAGAAAAAGAAAAGAAAACGAAAAAAAAAAAAAAUAAUCCUGUGACAUCUUUUUUGCAAUUGUACCAAAAGUGGCUUACUAUUGAAGUCUGAUAGCUUUUUUCUAGUGACUAGGCGCGUACAGUGGGGUAGCGCGUGACGUGACGUGUAAGUGACAAGUCGGCAGUGUCGUUCACUGUAUAGAUGUCAAUGCUGUGCUAUUUAAACAAAUCUGUAGAGCUAAACUAGAUGGUGUUAACAAGGUCAAUUGUCUUGUGCGUAUCGGCAUCUGUGAUAUCCUCUGCUUCCUCGGUGUUAGUUCCAAACCAUAUCGUCAUUAUCAGUUUACUGCACUGAGCUAAUGAAGACAGAAAUGGCAUCAGAAUUUCCCAACACUUUUUAAAGUCCCCCUAUAACAUUUUUUUUUUAUUAAAAAAAAAAAAUGUUCCAAGUAGUGUUUUAAUUAAAAUUAUGAUGUUUUUAGCCAGAAUCCAACAACCUAAAUGUCUUAAUAAGCCAUUUUUUAUGUUGAUCUGAAGCCUCAGCCUGCAAAAUAUCCUCUGAGGGGGCGUGGCUUUUGGAGCUGAGCAGCGCUGCUCUGUCUCGUGACGUAUUAACACUUCAUUAAUUCAAACAGAGCAUUUCUGCAACACUUUGACAGCGAUUUAAAAGGAGAAAUACUUGGAAAUAUUAUAUUUAUAUUUGUUCUUUUUCAUAAGAAAAAUGCCACAAAUACAUGUUAAAAACUCAUUGGAGGGGGACUUUAAACAAGUCGUCAUUAUUGUUUUUGCACCUAAUGAAUGCCUUCAAAAUAAACUCUCUGUGACCUGAAAGUUACAGAAAGGUUUCAUCGUCAUUCCAACUCGAUACGAGUUCGAUUGCAGACGCAGAAUGAAUUAACCUCAAAUUCUUGUGAUAAAUUUGAAUGAGAGAAAAAAAAAAUCCUUCAGGGUCCUUUAAUUUGACUGGUUUUCGUAUUGAGAGCAGCUGAGGGCUUUUACGUAUGCACUAAGCACCUGUUUGUUUUUGCUCAGGACAAAACAGGACAAAAAAAAAAAAACGGUCAAACAAUUCUGUAUUAGAAAAGCGACGAGGACGGCAGCUCUUUUUCUUCCUUCUCAUGUUUUUGUAGUCAUAAAGGGCUUCAAUCCCCACUCGGAAAGAGACGCGGCGCGAGCGCAACGAGUUACAAUCAGCAACUGCCAGCGGCGCUUCGUCUGUCGCUCUGCUCCCCACUCCUACACCUCAAGGUGAAAGCUGUUGCGUAACCACAUGUGUGGCGACCCCGCUAAACCUACACUCAUCCCCACAUCUCCGCGCCAGAAAUCCGGUGACGUUUCGGUGCGAACGGCCUCCCUUUCCGGACACGCUUUGCCGCCUUGCAGUGACUGGCUCUAUGUGGCUCUCGACGUAGCCCAGUAUUGAUGUUGCCGUCUGUGUUGCCGUGGCAGUUUUGUGGAGUGAAUCUUUUUUACGUGUCCCCGAGCUUUGAAUCUCCUCUGGAGGCGGCGACUUCUUUUCCUUUUUCCCUCACACAUGCCCGUGUAUAGUCUGUAGGUAUUGAUGACCAUUGUGAAAAAGUGACCCUUAAUAUGCAACUCAGUGGAAAGGUGUGAGAGAGUAGAUGUGAGACUAAUCAAUAUUGUCAAGAGUUUUUAGAUGGUGAUAUUUGGUUGUUUUGUUAUUACUUUUACCUAAAAGCGUAAUUGGCCUUUUUUUUUUUUUUUUUUUUUUUACAUUCAGUUUAGAGUCAAAUGGGCCAAAUUAAAUUUGGUGGAAAUGUUGAAAAUAGUGAAAUAAACGGAGUAGGGGUGCUGCGAUCUAUUCUAUCACAAGGGCCUCUUGCAAUACUUUUUUUUUCCUUUUGUUACACCUGCAGGGGUGCAAGCGUUUGUGUGUAUUUGUAUGAGUGAUUCCUCUGCUGCUGCACCUGUCAUUAGUGCUCUUCGUUUGCCGUAGCAUUUCUGUUCUGUGUUGUAUGUACUUGAAAUUGAUCUUUACACUGUAAUUUGUUCUGCUGAUUACAUUUUCUAUUGGUUCUAGUUUUUUUCUCUAAUACAACAAACCAGUUGGGGAGGAUAAAUUACAGCACUUGUGUUGCGAUUGUUUUUAAGAGCUCUCAAGACGUCGGUUUGUUUGUUUGUUUUUGUUUUUUUCACCUGGAAUGAUGCUUUUUAAACAAACUGCAGGUUUUGUUCGAUGGAGUGGGUCUGUGUUUUAAAGUUAAUUAAAAUUUGACUAAAGUGGGUAAUUAAUUAAAGAAAACGGAUUAGUUUUUGUUAUUUUUCCGUAUUGAGUUGUAAUAAAAUGUCGCAGUACUUUGUAUCAAAACAGACAAUAGUGAAUUGUAACUAUUUAUAAAUUAAAUUAUUGUACUUUUUUCAAUCUGUAGAUAAGUACUAUGUAUUCAUAUACAGUAACAACUGUGGAUUUCAAUGUGAUUCUCUGAGGUGUCUAAGUUAUUGAUGUAUAUAGUGUAUGUUUGUUGAUACAGCUUACUUUAUUUUCUAUAAGACCAAUAAAAUGUUUUGCAAAAUGA